AAUAGGUUAGUAUGCGGCACCGCAAAGACGGGAGUUAUGCGCCGGAGUUUAGAUGUCGCGAACCGCCCUAGUCAGACUCCCUUCUUUCGCGCUCCCUUUGAUCCUAAAACCGUGAGCCUUUCUCAGCUCGGCCGGACUUAUUAGGUACCUAAUCACCCGGUCUCUUUGAAACCCGAGGAUGUCGUACAAGCCGAAAUACUUUUGUGCGACAUCUUCCGCUUCAUCCCUUCUAUGACGAGGUCUUCUAUGAAAAGUGCCCAGACCAUAUAAACAGUCGAGAUGAUCUCGUAAUGGCUUUGAAGAAAACCCGGAUUCGUUCGUUCAUCUCAGCUACCAUCUGCAACCCCUUCCACAACUUUGCCCAUCGCAAAUCUUACCAUCUCAACAAAAUGUCUUCGACUUCUGCUGCCGUCUUCAGGCCUAGGGACGUUACAGGCUUCGGGCUUAUGGGCAUGACUUGGCGCCCUAAGCACACGCCCGACGAGCAGGCCUUCGCAACCAUGAAGGCAGCUAUCGCUCAAGGUGCCACUUUCUGGUCUAGUGGUGACUAUUACGGCAUGCCUGAGCCGACGGCUGGCUUAGCCCUGCUGCGCCGCUAUUUCGAAGCUUACCCGGAGGAUGCGAGCAAGGUCACCCUAUUCAUUAAGAGUUGCGUCGACUCCAAGACCAUGGCACCUAAGAUCAAACGCGAGGAAGUACUUGCUAGCGCUGAGAACUGCUUCAGGGUUCUCGGCGGCGCGAAGAAGAUAGAUAUCCUCGGCCCGGCCCGCAUGGACCUCAGUGUGCCACUCGAAGAGACGUUAGGAGCAUUCAAGGAACUUGUAGAUGCUGGCAAAAUUAGCGGCGUUGGAAUAAGCGAGGCCGGCGCCCAGACUAUCGAGAAGGCCAACGCCAUCUACCCGCUAAGCUUGGUGGAAAUCGAGUUCUCCCUAUGGACCCCUGAUAUCCUAACAAAUGGCGUAGCGGCUACGGCAAAGCGUCUUGACAUUCCCCUUGUCGCUUAUUCGCCCCUGGGACGUGGCUUCUUGACCGGUCAAAUCAAAUCCGUCGACGACAUCCCCGAGGGAGACAUCCGUCGGCGUUUUGACCGCUUCCAGCCCGAGAACUUUAACAAGAACCUCGAGCUCGUGGACAAGCUAAAAUCUUUUGCGGAGAAGGCGGGUGUUACACCGGCUCAACUUGCGUUGGCCUGGAUUCGUGCAGUUUCCAACUCGCCGCAAGCUGGCACUAUCAUUCCCAUCCCUGGUGCUACAAGGGUUGAGCGUGUCGAGGAGAAUUCCAAGAACGUUCUUCUUUCGCCGGAGAACAAGACGGAACUUGAUCAGAUUCUCGCAUCGUUCACGAUCCAGGGUGGCAGAUACAACAAGGUGCUCGAGGGUUUGCUUUGGCGUUAGAAGGUCUAUGGGUUAUGAGUUAAACGUUAUUAUGAUCCGCGUCGGUAUAUACUAAAUAGUAAUUAAACACCGAUAUUCCAC